AAUGGCGGAAAUUGCGCGGGAAUCAGACUGGGAAGAAAGGGGGAAUUUAAGUGAGAGAAGAGACGAUUCAGAAACAAAUAAUGAUGAAAUUUCAACCAGGAAAGAGACGUUGAAAAGGUGCCGGAAAAUUUUGAAAAACCUAUGCGAAUGCACUCAAAAAACUAAUCGAAUCGAUAUAAUAGGAAAUGGUUCUGUACCAAUGAUUUACGAAUUAUUAUCAAAAUGCUUAAUAUCUAAGAAAUUGAGUGCCAACGAAGAGGAGGGAAAUAGCAUAAAUUGCUUCGUUUUUGAUACAAAAAUCCAUUUUCGCUUCGAAAGAUUACUGGAGACCAUUAAAGAAAAGGUGGACAAAAGCGAGACAAAUAAAAUCUCUUCUCUUCUUGAGAAAAUAACUUAUUUAGAACAAGUCGUUACGGAACAAUGGAUUAUAGGCUUUCAUGGAUGUAAAGAAAAAAUUUACAUGGACGAAACUAUUGGUCUAUUGAUCAUUUAUUCUAUUCAUCCAUUCUUCAAAUACAUUGAUUGCAUAUCGGAUAUACUCGAUGAGAUUGCUGAAUUCAUACCAGUUAUUUGUAUGUUAGAUUACGAAAUGCCACCCUCUUGGUCAUUACCGUCCAGUUUAUUCCAUAUUAAGGUUGAUUAUAUGGAAGCAAGAUUACUAGAAGCUAGUGAACAUGGUGAUCUAAAUACAGUGAUUAAACUCUUAAAAAAGUUACCUUUAGUUCAAGUAAAUUCUCAAGAUGCUUCUGGUGAUACCGCAUUAAUAAAAGCUUGUCGAGGCACGUUAAGGGGACAUUUUGAUAUUGUGAAUGAACUUUUAGACGCCGACGCCCUUGUCUCAAGUAAAAAUAAAACUUCAACAACAGCCCUUCAUAUCGCUAGUUAUAAUGACGAUCGGAAUCUUGUAUCGAAGCUGAUUUUAGCCGGUGCUGACCUAAAUGCUAAGAAUAAAAGCGGUUUUCGACCACUUGAUUUAUCCGGCUUUAAUAGCAACAGUCGGACGGUUUUAUAUAACGCAGACAGAGGUAUUAAACCCGUGUUGCCAGAACCGAUACAAGAGGUUCCAUCUAUCCCAAGCCACGCCUUAAUCCCAAAGAAAAAGAAGAAAAAAGGUAAAACAAAAGGUAAGAAAUCAAAGAAAGGAAAAAAGAAAAAGAAGUAA